AGUUCAAAUUAGAUCUGAUCAGACGAAUUCAGAUCCGAUCAGAAACAUCCGGAUCAGACUAGAUCAGAAAGAUUCAGAUUAUAUCAGAUCAGAUCAGAAAGAUUCAGAUCAGAUAAAAAAUAUUUAGAUCAGGUGAGGAGAAGAACUUGUAAGUCCAAUUAAAGUGCAUGCCUAAUUACUUGUGCUAGCUGCUAGGUUUACGCUGCUGACCAUUAUGAUUAGUUCCAUAAUUCUAUUCUAAAAAACUCGGCUAAUACGAACGCCUAGAGCUAGAGACUGUCGUUAUACCAGUCCCUGGAUCCCAACUCCACUUCGACUAUUCUCAGAGAUGGAGAAGGGAAAAGCAGUGAUGGGUGUGGGCCGGAAAUGGGCCGUCGAUUUCACAGACAGUUCAACUUCUCCUACCUCACGCGACAUCCCCGAUCCUCCUGGCUUUACCCGUGCCUCUCAAGAUCAGGAUGAUUCAACUUUGAGCCGUGAAAAGAAGAACGCCGAGUCCAACUGGAAAGCUCAAAAAGCAUGGGAAGUGGCACAAGCCCCUUUCAAGAAUUUGAUGAUGAUGGGUUUUAUGAUGUGGAUGGCCGGAAGCACAGUUCACCUGUUUAGCAUAGGAAUAACAUUUUCCGCCCUUUGGCAACCCAUAAGUGCUCUGCAAGGUGUUGGGAAAGUAUUUGAGCCAUACAAGGACAAUAAAGUGGAUCUCCUGGGCCCAAAAUUACUAUUCAUUGCUUUAAACUUGGCUGGUUUAGGAUUGGGCAUCUGGAAGCUUAAUACAUUGGGUCUUCUUCCAACUCACCCAUCAGAUUGGGUGUCAUCCUUGCCACCUCCCCAGGAGGUUGAAUAUUCUGGUGGAGAUGUAUAUCUACAUUAAAGACCUGCUAGUCUAGAUGUGAAGCUCAAAUAUCUUUAAAAGAAGCAUGUUGCAGAACUUUUGAAGACUGUGAUUCACCUCUGUUUGUAAUAGUGAGCAAGAAAGAGUUUUUUGGACUCCUUGGGAUGUAUUUAUGCAAGUUUUUUUUUCCCUUUUCUUAUUUGAAGUAUUGUAAUCUUAUGAUAAUGACCUUGGCUGUUGUCAUUUCUUUGACAGUUUGACCAAACUACACUCAUAAUAGCAUAAUUGACGCUUUAUCACUUCAUGUUCUACACUUCUACUCAAGUGUGAAAUCUUUUUAUAAAACUCUUCGAAAUCUAAGAGAAGAGUUUGGCCAAACUCUUUUUAAUUGCAACA